CAAUCGACUGCGUACCCCGGGUUUGGUCGCUACCCAACGAUACCAUUUCAGCUUAGUGAACAUCAUCCGCUCUCAUCACCAUGGCGCGCAAAAUGUCCCCGGAAGAGUAUCAGGCGAUUGGCCGCAGUUACUAUAAGCUGAAACAAUACGAGAAAGCCUUGGAAACCUUUUCGAAAGGCAUCGAGGCUUGUGCAACCGCUGAUCUGUACGACCAUCGGGCUGCUACGUACGACAAACUUGGAAACCUUAACGCCGCGGUCAAAGAUGGCAGAGAGAUGAUCAGAUUGAACAAGAAAGAUGUUAAGGGCUACUUACGCACGGCGAACAUUCUGGAGAAGUUGGAGAAACCCGAGACGGCGCUUGGGAUUUACAAGUACGGAAUGAAGAAUGUGCCACCUAGCGACAAGAACUUCAAGCUCUUGCAACAACUUCACGAUAAGUUCACUCGAAAACUAUCACCUGCAUCGGCCAUCGAUCCGUUCACAGUUCUGCCCGCUGAGCUAGCGGAAAUGGUACUAGAGUAUUGCUCCUUCCGCCACAUGGUCAACUGCAUGCGCGUCAGCAAGGGAUGGAGGGACUAUCUCUCCAAGUUACCUAAGCUUUGGAUGCAUCUCGAUCUCUCCGGCGCCCGCAGACCAGUCCCUCGUUCUUUUGUUAAUACAUCUUUCAAGCGCUCGGAAUACCGAAUGACACGCAUUACGAUCCAUCGCUUCGAACACAUGGACGUACUCAAGAACCUUGUGAAAGCAGCCAAGGACCUUUCAGAACUAGAGCUCAUUUCCUUACCACAUACCAUGUCAGCUACGUUGAUCGAUAUUGUCAAAAGCGCUCCGAAGCUAAAGAAGUUCACGGUACAUCCAGAAAUCACGCAAGAUACUGCGGAGCAGAUAAUGCAUACGCAACCUGUACUGGAACACAUAGCAUUUGGCGCGUUGAGGGCUUCCAGAACCGUCACUAAUUGGACGGCUUCAUUUGGAAAUCUCCGCACACUCAGCAUACAUUGUUCGUCCCCCAUCUCGACGACGAAUCUCAGACUAAGCGACCUCCUGAGUCGAACGCCAUGUCUCGAAUCCUUGUCACUCUCCAAUAUACUUCACUUUGAGUCCCACCAAGGAUGGCCCGGAGACGAGGCUCAACUACCACCAUUGAAAAGCCUGGCUCUGAAGCAGGUGGAUCUCUCUUCAAUCCCUUUACUCCCGCCCACGCUACAACGACUUGUCAUUGAGAAUGGCGGCGGUCGAUUGAACAUAAGAAACUUCCUGACGUCGCGGUGCUGUGUACCUGAGCUUACACACCUAGCCGUAUCUGGCUUCAGAGGCCUCAGUGUAGAUACACUAGGAAAUCUCCUGGAUCACUGCCUGCACGACAGCGAAAUGCGAGCAUGCUUAACCUCAAAACCUCUACAAUCGUUAACCCUGAACGGUCUUCUACUCGAUGAAGUCUCACCGCUCCUGUUCGGAACCGGGUUCUCUGGGGGACAAGAGUCCAUAUGCGGUAGUUCCCCACGGGUUCUCACACCAGCGUUGGAAUCCCUGGAUAUUGCCACCACGCCCUGCAAUGAUGAUGAGAUAGAGAGACUCGUCAACUUCUACAGGACCGGGCUCAAGACAAUCGAUCUUUCGCAUACCCACAUCACCGGAGCGUCGAUCAAGAUGCUGGCGGACAAACUUCCGAACUUGACCAUGAUCAAAGCGAACAAUUGCGCCAAGAUCAAUGGGCGCGAUGCGAUCAACUACGCAGAGCGAAAGGGGAUAUCAGUGAGUUGCCAGAUGGCUGAGCAGAAGGGUGGACGAAGGCUUCGCUACGGCUAGUCUGCUGCGCACCUGGAAUUGUCGACAGGCAUUCUGUUUUAGAAGAGCAAGGUAUAGUCAGAUCAGAAGUCGUGGAGGAGCCAUGAAACAACGAUCGCAGAAGAAACGUUUCGUGGCAUCUAUGUAGCGGUAUAAUACGGGGUGCAAUCAUGUAAUCGUGAGUGCCAUCAAAGGGGACUAUUAGCUA